AUGGACUUUUAUGGUAUCACUCGUGGCACCAUUCGUGGUGAGGCACUCAAGAAAUUGGCUGAACUUACAGUGGAACACGUUCCGUCCAAUUUAAAAGAGAUAAACACUGGUAUUCAAAAAGAUGAUUUCGCUAAAUUAUUGACAUCAACACCGAGGGAUUUACCAUUAAGGAAAUCCAUUGGUAGUAGCAUUAAUGAUCAAAAAAUGUCCAAUGUUGCCAUUGCCCCCAAGGAAUAUGAAACUCUUGUUGCGUUGUGUGAUGCUACUGAUAAACCCAUCAAGUUGACAAGUCAAAUUAAAACCUUGAUUGACAAAUUUAGAGUCUACUUGUUUGAAUUACCCGAUCAACAAUUUGCCUAUAGUAUCGUUGCCAAAUCUGUAGCUGUUGCUCCAUGGACUUUACUUGGUGAGAAAUUAACCAUUGCCUUAAUCAAUUUGGCUUACCAAUCGAACAAGCAAUACUUUGAUGAAGUUGUGGAAGUUUUCCAUCAGUUUAUUGACAAGUUUUUUGAUAAUGUCGAUUUGCAAUUGUCUAAUUUUUUAACCUUGACUGGUGUCAUUGAUGGAUUGAAUCAAAAUGCUCAAUUUUUGACUUACUCGUCAAGAACCUUUCGUAUUUUCACCAAUUUGGAUUCGGCUAUUGAUAACUCGGAGAUUCUUGGGGCGAUUGAAGAUUAUUCCGAUUACCUUUAUGAUGACCCAAACCCCUAUCAAGAGUUGUUGGAACGAGACUUUUGUCUCAAUUUUUCACCAGUACUCUACCUUGAGAAGUUAUCGAGAUUGAUGUGUUCUAUACUUGUGGAAAUUGUCGCUUCUAAAUCACAGCAUUUGUUGCCUUACUUGUUGACCCAAGCUGCUAAAAAGUAUGAUGAAGAUGAAUCUAAUGGUAGGGCCAUCAUUGGUCCCGGUAGAGACCAUUUGUCGUUUCCAAGAGCUCAUAUGGAGAUUAUCAAAAUUCUAACUGACUUGGCAUUGAGAAAAUUGGAGUUUUUGGACCGAGGGGAAACUUAUAUCGUUUAUUCAACUAAUAAUCGAUUGAAAUUGGGAUAUUUGGCCAAAAGCUUUAAUUUACAAGUUUUGAGUUGUGGAAUGUUUACUGACAACUUGGACCUAGCCACUUCUAAAGAGUUGUUUAAAGCUAAUAUUGAGAUCAAGGAUGCCAUGUUGGACCCUGAUUUGGGAUUGACUACUUUCCAAUUUGGAUCAUUGUUGGUGUUCAAAGACGAACUGAUUGGCCCAUUGUUGACAAGAGUGUUUACUUCAGUCAUUGCCAAUCCAAGAUUGGAAUCUCUGUAUUGUUUGGAAGCUUCGAAAUGUGUUGGUUUGGGAAGUAAGAGAUUGCCUCAGGAUGCAGUUGUCACUACAAUCUAUUCGUUGACUAACUUGUUAUUUGUCACUAAUGAAGGAUUGCAAGGUCCAUCCAAGAGCGCUAGAAGAGCUGCUAGAAACCACACUGGUGGUGCUGAUAACGCCUCAACAAGGGAUUUCGUGUCGUCACCAUUGUCUUCUAGUAGAACGUCAAUGACUUCGUUUUCCCAAUUGUUUAGCAAAGGCAGUUUAUCGGGUGACUUUGAUGAGAAUGAUUAUCAAAAAGUUUGUGAAAAUGCUGUUACCGCCAUUAUCGAAGUUUCAGAAGCUUGUGAUGACGAAUCGAUUCCAGCAUUGGCCUGCACCAUCUUGUCGCAAAAAGUGACCAAGGUUGAAUCACCAAUAGGACCUUUGAUUUUGAGAGGAUUGUGUUCGUGUGCUCCAUAUGUCCCAGAGCGUGAAUUCAUCAUUUUAAUCAGGUUGUUGAAUAAGCUUACUGUUGAUUCAUUUGAGAGAAAGAAUGCCACAUUGUUGGGUCAUUUGAACGAAUCAAGAUUGAUUUUGUCUUCAAAGUUGAAACCGGAUAAUCAUUUGUAUUUUGUUUACUUGCAUGAGUUGUUGCAGUCAAUCAUUAGCAAAGGUGACGUUCAACAAUUGGAGCAUCAUAGAUCUCAUAAUGAAAUUAGUGAAGUGGGCGAUCAAAUUGCAAUUUACUUGAAGCCAUUGGCUGAAUUGUUACCCGAUGUUCAUUUAGGUCAAGAGCCAUUGAAAAUUGAAAAGACUGAAACCAUCAAUUUGUUUAGAAAUAUCUGGUUCAAUAUGGUUGUUCAUGGUUACAAUUUGAAUUCGAAAAACACCAAAGUGUUUAAAGAUGAAUUGGAAAGAAUUGCUUACAAUUCACCCCCAUUGGCAUCGGAGAGAUCGUGGGAUAGAACUGAAACUUCCAUCGAGUUGAAUACUGUGUUGCGCCGUGGCUCGUCCAACCACAACAUCAAGGACCACAAGACAUUCUUGGGUGACAUUUUUGAAGUGCAUCGCACAAUGUCGUAUCCUAAAUUGAUGUUUUUAUCAGCAACAGUAUUUUGCGAAACUUUGCGUGUUCGUACUGGCGAUUGUUCGAAGAUUUUGUACUAUUUCACCGAUCCAACAAGUAAGAUCUCGGGAAUUGACAAAUACUUGGGCCCAAUUGCGUUUAAGAUUGUCAGGGACUAUAUUGGUUUGAUCAAUACUGGUGCCAACAAGCAAUUCACUGCUGAUCAUAUUGCUAAUCAAUUGACGACAAUGUUGACAUUGACAACCCACCCAGUGACAGAAAUGCAAGAUGCAUCUAUUCAAUGUUGUGACUUGUUGAUUAACAAAGUAUCAGCUUCAUUAUGUCACAAGAAAUCAUUAUUUGCUCUUUUUGAUAUUUUGACAUUGUUGUUUCAAAGUAUUGCUGAUGCUGAUGUCCACGAAUAUGAUCCAACAACAUCGUUUAGAGCAAGAUGUACAGGAAUCAAAAUCACCUUGUCCGACGAUUAUGAUUGGAGGUGCUCCACAUUUAACCGAUUCCAUGAAAAGGCCAAAGGUUGGGUUGAGUUGCUUUUGUACAAGAGUAAUAUCGAUGUCAAGAGCUUGAUUCAAUCGUAUGUUGCUGCGAACGAAGAAUUGCAGUAUGAAGCUCCAAUUCAAUUUGGGCUUUCCUUUGCGUUGAAAAUGUCGGGAACUAUUUCAUCGCAUGAUCGUGACAUCCAAGCCAUUACAUAUGCCAAUAUUUCUGCUUUGGAUACUACACCUUCAAUUGUGUCGCAAUUAAAUUGGAGAUCAAAUUUUGUUUCCCAAUUUAUGAAUAAAUUACCAUUGAGAACUGACGAGGAAUCCGAUUUUGCAUUCAAGGCCAUUAGAGAAAAGGUAUACAAUAUCAAACUGAGAUUGUUUAAUGAGUUUACAGAAAAUCCAUCUCAUGACGAGAUUAUGAAUUUGUUGACAGAAAUUGCCGGAUUGACUUUGUUGUCUGAUAUCAACAAUGCUGAAUUGGUGAGGUACAUGGUUGAAAUACCAUUCAUCUUGUUUGAGCCGCUGGUGAUGAUCCCUGCUAGUGGCGUUUGGUUUGCUGUUAUGAAGGAUAAACCAAAGUUGAGCAUGUUGUUACUUAGUGAGUUGGCCCAAAAGUGGGAAGAAUCAAUUGAGUUAAGAAAAGGGUUAUUUUCACAAGAACUCGAUAUUGUUCAUCCUGAAUUUGAUAAAAUGGAGUAUGCACCAAGUAAUCGAUCUACUGAUUUGAGAUUGGCUGAAAAUGCACAAAGAAGUUUUGAGCCUCAUUUGGAAUUAGUUCGUUUAUUCUCCAGCAAUUUCGAAGCUACAUUAAACCAAAGUGAUCAUUUAUUAAAGUUGUUUACUCGAUUUGUUGAAGUUGGAUUGAAGAAUUUGAAAUUUGCUAGCUAUCAUCCACUUUCAAGAUUGGUUCGAUUUGAAUUGGUUAGAUUUGCAUUUGAAGUAUUACAAGUGCAUUUGAAGUUGGGAUCAAGAAUUUGCAAGUACUUAACCGAAUUGAUUUUCGAUGGAGCAUUGACUUGGUUCAGACAAAGAUUUGUUUACCCAUUUUCUGCCAACAAGUUGAAAUUCAAGAGUGAAGCAAUUGUAAUGAAUGAAGUUGCAAGAAUGGCUGGUGCAGUGUCAGUGUUUCGUCUGAAGGAUAUUGAAAUGAAGCGAACUAUUUUCUUGCAAUUUCUUGAUGAUGAAGUAUACAAGUUUAACGUUUGGUUAACGUCGUUGAACCCAACUGAUACAUCGGGUUCUAUUAUUGGAUCAUCACAUCAAGUGUCUAGUACUCAAAUUACACGUGCAUAUGAGAUUGAUCCAAUUUUGGCGAUUAAUUUAGCUAUGAGGUAUAAGAGCAAAGCUCAUGACGAUUUGAUACAACAAUUGAUUAUCAAGAAUCCACUUGCAGCUAUCCCUUACCCCGAUGCCGUUCAAUUUUUCAUUGGUAUCAACUUGGGUGUUCAUAUGCCAUCGCAUCAAUUGUUGUUUUGGUCGCCAGUGGCCCCAAUCGAUGCCAUCACUUUGUUUUUACCUCCAUUUGGUGCUAAUCCAUACAUUUUGCAAUAUACCAUGAGAUCAUUGGAAACACAUGAUGUUAAUUUGACAUUUUUCUAUGUGCCACAAAUUGUCCAGUCAUUGCGUCAUGAUGCCAAGGGGUAUGUUGAGCGUUUUAUCAUUGAGACUGCCAAAGUAUCACAAUUAUUUGCUCAUCAAAUCAUUUGGAAUAUGUUGGCAAAUAGUUACAAAGAUGAUGAUUCUACCGAGCCCGAUGAUUUGAAACCUGUUUUGGAUAGAAUUCAAGAACAUAUGUUGAAGGAAUUGAGUGAUAAAGAUUUACAAUUUUAUCACAAGGAAUUUGGGUUUUUCAAUGAAGUUACUGAUAUUUCGGGUAAAUUAAAACCAUAUAUCAAGAAAUCCAAAGCGGAGAAGAAGGCCAAGAUUGAUGAGGAGAUGGCAUUGAUUAAAGUUGAGCCAGGCGUAUACUUGCCGUCAAACCCAGACGGUGUUCUUGUUGAUAUCAAUCGUAAGUCAGGUAAGCCAUUGCAAUCACAUGCAAAGGCUCCAUUUAUGGCAACUUUCAAAAUCAAGAAGGAGUUGACCGAUUAUGAUGAACAUGGUAAGCCACAACAAGUUGAAAUUGAAAAAUGGCAAAGUGCCAUUUUCAAAGUUGGUGAUGAUUGUAGACAAGAUGUGUUGGCAUUGCAGUUGAUUUCCAUGUUUAGAACCAUUUGGAGUGAUGCUGGAUUGGACCUUUACGUUUAUCCGUACCGAGUCACUGCCACUGCACCAGGAUGUGGUGUGAUUGAUGUGUUACCUAACGCUAAUUCGAGAGAUAUGUUGGGUAGAGAGGCAGUUAAUGGAUUAUUUGAGUACUACAUUACUAAAUUUGGACCACAAAAGUCAAUUGAGUUUCAAAAAGCAAGAAACAAUUUAGUCAAAUCCUUAGCUGCAUAUUCAAUCAUUUCCUAUUUAUUACAGUUUAAAGAUAGACACAAUGGUAACAUUAUGUAUGAUGAUCAAGGACACAUUUUGCACAUUGAUUUCGGGUUCUGUUUUGAUAUUGUUCCUGGUGGAGUCAAGUUUGAAGCAGCUCCAUUUAAAUUGACUCAUGAAAUGGUUAUGGUGUUGGGUGGAAGCGACGAUACACAAGCUUUCAAAUGGUUUGAAGAGUUGUGUAUCAAGGGAUACUUGGCCUGUCGUCCAUAUAUGGAAUUGAUUGUGCGAACAGUUGUACCAAUGUUGGAAUCGGGAUUACCUUGUUUUAAAGACACCACGAUCAAGAAUUUACGUCUGAGGUUUGUUCCUGGUAAAAGUGAUAAAGAAGCUGCGGUUUACUUCCGCAAAUUGAUCAAAAAAUCAAUGGAGAGUUUCUACACCAAAGGGUAUGACGAGUUUCAAAGAAUCACCAAUGGUAUUCCUUAUUAG